UGCGUAAUUGUAUUAUACAAUCUUCAAGGUUACUUGCAUAUGUAUCACUCAAAUGCGCUAAUGUACCUAAAGUAGAAUAUACAUACCCCACUAGCGGCUGAUGAUCCGCGAUUGGAUCUUCAAAUUUGGCCGCUUUUGACUUCAAUGGUCAAAAUUCGAGGUGCGAGGCGAUGACGGGAGCUUUCGACAAUUGAGUCUCCAUACCCUCGCAAUCAUGCAUUCCAAGGCGCCGUCAUGCCUUGUCGGCGCUUUUCGGUCACUUACGAUAAACCAUUCUCCAACUACACGCCCAUUGAUCAGAUCCAGCACCUCGAUUGUACCUCGAAAAAUUCAAUGUUCCCGAAAUGUCCGUCUCUUUUCGGCAACUGCGUCAGUGGGCGGCAACUGGCUAGAGCCCAAUAUAAAUCGCAAGACGAAGAUGAUGAAGGGACGAGCAAGGGUCGCAACCGGCGGCUCUGUUAAGGGAACAACGGUGAUGUGGGGAGAUUACGGAUUACGGAUGAUUGAUCACCAUCGAAGGAUCAGCGCUCAAAACCUCAAGAUUGCGGAGGAUACUAUCAAGCAGCGACUACGUGGUCAGAAGUACCGACUAUAUAAGAGAGUGUGCUGCAACAUUGGCGUGUUCGUUAGCGGCAACGAGAUACGUAUGGGUAAAGGAAAGGGUUCAUUCGAUCACUGGGCGGCAAGGGUAGCAGUGAAUCAGAUCGUCUUAGAACUAAGAGGGAUGGUCCACGAGCAAGUUGUGCGCGACGCCUUUCGGUUAGCUGGUAACAAGCUACCUGGGCAAUGGGAGUUUGUGAAGAAGGGUGAACCGCCAGUGGUUGGUAUUACCAAGCUAGAUGGAAUUACAUUGGAAGAUUUAAAGAGACCAAGACGAAAGAUCCCAGCCGCGUCGAUAAAACCCGCUCCGCCUACGCCAGGCUCAGAAGGUCCACGGACACCCCUAGAUCUCCCCUAAUUAUGAGAUCUUAUAUGUAUAACUAAGCUUUAAGAUACAAUCAAGUCACUUUCGACGUAGUAGUUAUGUCAAAGUUAUAUGUAGAUUACGGGAGGGAAGAAAAGGUUACAUAGGUAGGUAUCUACACUUAUCGUGUAAGUACAUAGUAUGCAAGUGGCACUUGCCGUGAGGUGUACCAAUAUCUACCUAGGUACCCUUAGGUAUAUACAAUGAAGAAGUUGCGACACAAAUUAUAGUAGGCC